UUAUUCGUGGUGGUUUUCCUGGUGUCUGGGACCAAUGCGCGGGCGCUGGUACAAGACCCUUCCCCGCCAUUUUCUCUAAAUGCCCAGGUCUCUCGCAACAGCGAACAAUGGCCUCUCCCGGCAAACCAAUUCGUCGCACAGACAUUCCGUGACUUGAGACGUGCCCUCGAUGUGAUGCAGGAUGAUUACUUUGAGUUAUGGCAGGGGACCUGGCCGACUGGGAUCGAUUGGACUCGCGCUGUCCUGGGGACGCAUGUGUCGGCCACGCUCUCUGCAUUGACUGCAAGCGCGGACGACUCAUUGCUCUCAAGUCUGUUAGAAGACGCCGUUGAGGGCGGCCAGGGCCAAUGGGGGAUAACUCAGAACUCGAUGGCGCUGGAGAAUCUUGUCAAUCACUACUUUGCGCACGUCAUGGCAUUCUACUUUGGAGAGGACGCGUUUGCACUGAGAACUCAAGCUUACGAUGACAUGAUGUGGGUCGUGUUGGGCUGGUUGGAGAAUAUCAAAUUUCAGGUUCUGCAUUCGGACCUGCACUAUGAAAAUCCGGGACGACCCUGGCAUGGGACGCAGUUCCGAUCGCCGGCUGCGCAUCGGGUCCGCGUGUUCUAUGACCUUGCGUCUCAGGGGUGGGAUACGGCUCUCUGCACUGGUGGCAUGAUCUGGAGUCCUUACUUGACUCCUUACAAGAAUGCGAUUACCAAUGAGCUCUUCGUAUCGUCCAGUAUUGCGAUGUAUCUCUACUAUCCCGGCGAUGGGAUUGACUCACCAUUUAUGGCUAGCCGUGAGGGCGAGCAAUCGGCUGACGAUCUACCACAUAGCGCUGACUACUUACAUACGGCCAUUGAGGCGUACAGAUGGCUGAAGGACUCCAACAUGACGGGGCUGUUUGGGAUGUAUGCAGACGGGUUUCACGUCCGGGGUUGGAAAAGCGACAAACAGCCUGGGACGCGUAAAUGUGACAUCUUGAAUACGAUGGUGUACACGUAUAAUCAGGGAGUCAUUCUGAGCGGACUGCGAGGCCUCUGGCUGGCCACUGGGACGGAGCAGUAUCUCGAUGAUGGUCACGAGCUUGUUCGUAAUGUCAUGAGGGCGACGGGAUGGCCCAAUGUCUACGAUCAACGGUGGAUGGGAUUGGGUCGUGCUGGUAUUCUCGAAGAUUCCUGUGAUUCUAAAGGCGACUGCUCCCAGGAUGGACAAACGUUUAAAGGAAUCUUCUUCCAUCAUUUCGCCGAGUUCUGCCGACCAAUACACCCGCACGAGGAGCGGUUCCUCCGCACGCAAGCUUGGGCGCAAAAUGGAUGGAAGCGUUCUUUUGGGUGGCACCAAACAAGGUGUAGCCAUUACUAUCAGUGGAUUGAGCACAAUGCGAACGCUGCUCUUGCCACGCGAAAUGACGACGGCAAGUUCGGGAUGUGGUGGGGAAGAAAGUAUCGGGUGUUUGAUCGUUCGCUCUCCCACGAGAGCCCAUUGCCCCAUGGGGCAACAGACUACCGUAACUACCCCGAUUCGACAGGGCCGGCCUGGUGGUGGAAGAAAGCCUCGGAGCUGGCGUCCACGAUGCCAGAUGCGGACAUCGAACACGGCCAACCAGAAUACAACGAUCGCGGCCGAGGACGCACUGUAGAAACCCAGUCUGGUGGCGUCGCCGUCUUGCGAGCCCUGUACCAAUGGAAGGCGACGAUAUCUUUGUCG